CCCCGCGCCUAGCUUGCGGGGGGCCGGGCCUGCGGGCGGCCGGCGCGGCGCGCACCCAUGGACGGUCCGGCCAUCAUCACCCAGGUGACCAACCCCAAGGAGGACGAGGCCCGGUCGCCCUGCGGGGGCGAAAAAGCUUCCCAGCGCAGCGUCAGCCUGAAGAAGCAGAGAGGCCGUAGCAUCCUCAGCUCCUUCUUCUGCUGCUUCCGAGACUACAAUGUGGAAGCCCCUCCACCCAGCAGCCCCAGUGUGCUUCCACCACUGGUGGAGGAGAACGGCAGCCUUCAGAAGGGUGACCAGAGGCAGGUCAUUCCCGUACCAAGUCCACCUGCUAAAUACCUCCUUCCAGAGGUGACGGUGCUCGACUAUGGAAAGAAAUGUGUGGUCAUUGACCUAGAUGAAACCCUGGUGCACAGUUCAUUUAAGCCCAUUAGUAAUGCCGAUUUCAUUGUUCCUGUUGAAAUCGAUGGAACUGUACAUCAGGUGUACGUGCUAAAGCGGCCGCAUGUGGACGAGUUCCUCCAGAGGAUGGGGCAGCUCUUUGAGUGUGUCCUCUUCACUGCCAGCUUGGCCAAGUAUGCAGACCCUGUAGCUGACCUCCUGGACCGAUGGGGUGUGUUCCGGGCCCGACUCUUCAGAGAAUCCUGUGUUUUCCACCGUGGGAACUACGUGAAGGACCUGAGUCGCCUGGGACGGGAGCUGAGCAAAGUGAUCAUUGUGGACAAUUCUCCUGCCUCCUACAUCUUCCAUCCUGAGAACGCAGUGCCUGUGCAGUCCUGGUUCGAUGACAUGACGGACACAGAGCUGCUGGACCUCAUCCCCUUCUUCGAGGGCCUGAGCCGGGAGGACGACGUGUACAACAUGCUGCAUAGACUCUGCAGUAGGUAGCCCUGGCUCAGCCCAUCCCUCCUGUGCACUCUAGAACCCCUGGCUCAGGGGACCCCGCCUGGCCUCAGCUCCCUCAGUGGAGCCUGAGAAGACUCCGUGCUCUGGGCCACAGGGUGAAUGUCGCCAUGCCUACCUGUUUUCUUUUUUAAAGAACAGAAACAACUAUUUUAAAGGAAAAAAAAAAACUCUUUUAAUAGAUUUCAUAAAGGGACUUGCAUUUUACCAGAUUCGAUUUUCUUAAAACAUACCAAAAAGAAAAAAGAAAA